AUGAGACUCGAUCAAAUUGCUCUCCUCGCCGCUGUGGCCGGAUCCGCAGCAGCAGCUCCUGCCAACAACCAUGCAAAGAGAGCUUCGCCUUUCAAAUGUUUGAGGUUCGGAGCAAGCGAAUCUGGAGCUGAAUUUGGCGAGACCAACCUACCUGGCGUCUAUGGAACCGAUUAUAUCUUCCCCGAUGCUAGCGCGAUCCAAACAUUGAAGGAAAAAGGAAUGAACAUCUUCCGGGUGGCCUUCAGGAUGGAACGGCUGGUACCGAACUCCAUGACAGGAGAGUUUGACGCUGGCUAUCUAACCAAUCUGACCGCGACGGUCAAAUCCAUCACUGAUGCAGGAUCCCAUGCGGUGCUUGAUCCGCAUAACUAUGGAAGAUACAACGGCGAGAUCAUUUCAACCACCUCCGACUUCCAGACAUUCUGGAAGAACGUUGCAGGCAAAUUCGUUUCGAAUGAGCUAGUCAUUUUCGACACAAACAACGAAUACCACGACAUGGACCAAGACCUCGUCCUAAAGCUCAACCAGGCAGCCAUUGACGGCAUCCGCGAAGCCGGGGCAAAAAGCCAAUAUAUCUUCGUCGAGGGAAACUCCUACACCGGCGCAUGGACCUGGACCAAGGAGAACGAUAACCUGAAGGCCCUAACCGAUCCCCAAGACAAGAUCGUCUACCAGAUGCACCAGUACCUCGACUCGGAUGGAUCAGGCACGAGCGAGACGUGUGUGUCGACGACGAUUGGAAAAGAGCGCGUGACGGACGCGACGCAGUGGCUGAAGGAUAAUAAAAAGGUUGGAGUUAUAGGCGAGUUUGCCGGCGGUGUGAAUGAUAAUUGUAAGACGGCGAUUACAGGCAUGCUUGAUUACCUAGGUGAUAACUCGGAGGUCUGGCUCGGCGCAUUGUGGUGGGGUGCUGGACCUUGGUGGGGCGAUUAUAUCUUUGGCAUGGAGCCUCCCAGUGGGACGGCGUACAAGGGGAUGUUGUCGACGCUUGAGCCAUACUUGGAGUAA